AUGUGUCCAGGGACGCUGCUCAAUGGGACAAAAUUUGAGAGAUCCAUCGAGAUGGGCGGCGGAGUUGCAAAACGCGAGAUAGGGUUUGGCGCCCGUCCACCGCUUGGCUCGCACCCGCGGCCAGGCUCACCCGUCGCUCAGAGGCCCCGUCCUCCUCCUCCUCCUCCUCCCGCCCUCUUCCUCCUCCUCCUGACCCUCUGCUUUCUCUGGGCUUCUCGCAUCCGCCGACUUGCUACGUUGGGCCGACUCCCCCAUCUCAUCUUUUCGCGUACGCCUCUUUUCGCAUACAUCGUCUGCGCCCUUGCAUCUCUCGCGUUCAUCCCCUGCGUGUCAAUCGAUCUCCCGCUUUCCCCCUCGACGCCUCGCUUCCGACUUGGUCCUCCGUUUCUUCAGUAUUUAUACCUUUUAUCCCGAGGCCCGUUCGUCCCCAUCGCCUUGACGCCCUGCCAGACGUCACUGUCCAAAGUAAGUUCCGCCCUUUGGCACGUCCGUGCGUGCUCCCCAUCUGCUUCCCUUUUUCAUGACGCUCAUCCUAUCCCGAACCCGUCCGCAGCGUCGGCCGUGUUUGCAUAUACAUCUCCCAUGAGCACCGUCAGCCUCAGCACUUUCUCACUCAUGGACCCCCCUCUCUCCCGCCACUCGAACGGUGCGGGCGCACCUCUUCCUCGCAUUCCUAAGCGCACCGUCUCCGCGUCUCGUUCAUCAUUAUCCAAUCAACCCUUGCCAUCACUUCGCGUCGUCUCUUACUCUACAGAUCACUCCAAUUCGACUCCUCCAGCUCUAGCCGUCGUCGAGUCUCCCGCUUUGACAUCCUCCCGCCGUCGCGAGUCUUGUUCGCGCAGUUCUGGAUCAUCUGGGUCGUCAGACUCACCCGUGCAGUUUCUCGUCCCCCGCCGCCCUCGCAGUGGCACUAUGGCCAUGCGUCCCCCCGAGCAAUCGACUCCCACUCCCGCCGUGUUCCGCGCCAGGGCCGAGCAGGAGCAGGUCGCGUUCCCACUGCAGCCAUCCCCCACCUUCAACCUGGACACCCCACGCGCGUCUACGUCCAGACUCGGUCCCCCACCUCGUUCCGCUUCAUACGCCACUACGUUCGGCGUACCAGAACGUUCGCAGACAACGCGUCCCGAACCAGCAGCGCGUACAGUGUCUCUGUGCACGUCCUCAGCUGCAGGCCCACGCAAGCCCCUCAAGUCGUCGCUCAAAUCGCGUCGCACGCACGUGCGGGACGACCUGUCCGUCGUCACCGAGCCAGCCAGCAGCAGCCGGAGCGAGCCGUGCACGCCGACGCACAUCAAGAGUGUGCACUUUGACUCGCAGCUGGAGCAUGUGAAGCUGUUCCUGGCGGAGCAGAAGCCACUCGCGGUAUCCCGUGACGGAAGCCCAACGACGGACACAAGUGGGACGGAGAGCGACUUUCCGACGUUCAUAUUUGGGGAGGACCGGAAGACGGCGCUUUCGAUGGAGGUGCCGAACAUGCCCGCGAAGCUCGACCUCGGCGCGGACGUCGCGCUGGAGGAGCUCCUGCUGUCUGCGGACAAGACGUGCCUGAACGGGCGCGUGCGGGUGCGCAACAUCGCGUUCGAGAAGUGGGUCGCGGUGCGGUUCACGUUGGACUGGUGGCAAACGACGAGCGAGGUGACGGCAAAGUACGUGCAGACGCUCGAGGAGGGCAAGUUCGACGUGUUUGCGUUCACGAUCCGCCUGAACGACAUGCUUGCGCGUAUCGAGGAGAAGACGCUGUUUCUGGCGAUCAGGUACAGAGUCACGGAGCGCGAGGUGUGGGACAACAAUGGCGGGGAGAACUACCACGUGAAGUUUACGAAGUCACAGGUGCAACCGCAGUCGCAGUCGCAGCCGCAGAAGCGCACGGUGGAAGUUACGGACGCGGGGAUUGCUGAUCUGAAGAGCAAGCUCGAGAAGGUGGCGAUUGGGACCGAGACGGUGGGUGGGCCCCUUCGCAAGUCGUCGAAGAAUAACAACAGCCAGUUUGACCUCCGAUCGAAUACCUCGCUCUCGUCGAGGUACGACUUUUCCGCAUCGCUGAAGGCGCCAUGGAAGGUGGGCCUACCGACGUCCCCGACUCACUCGCGCACCAGCACGUAUCCCGCCACCCACCCACCGUUCCACCAGCUCGCACCGCGACCGCUCACGAGCCCCACGCGCUCGAAGCUCGCCGUCGAUCCGCCGUUCGUCACUCGCGGCUCGCCGCGGAUCGAUGCCGACUACGACCACAUGCCGUCGGCUUUUUAUGCCGGCUCGGACUCUGAAGACACGCCGUCGUCGACGCCGUCCGUGCUUGCGCGGCGGCGGGGGCGGAACCACCAGCGCGGGUACUUUGAGCUGUCCUUCGGCAGUAAAGGCGCACGCAAGUCGUUCCCCGCAUCGUUACGCGACGAAGCAGUACCACGGUACAACUCAGUCGACACGUAUCACAUCCCGACCUGUGAGGAGGCGGGCGUCCCGAGCGGCGUGCGUGAGGAGGGGCAGGCAUUAGAGAAUCCAUGGGGGAUCGAGCGCGGCGGGAGCGAGGAGUCGACGCCGUCCAUCACCUCAACGUCCGAGUCGUCACGCUCCUCAUCUCCUUCUGGGUCCCCCGUCGACGAGAGUGUCAUGUUCAACUUCUUGCAGAAUAGUCUGCAUCGUUCGCGUGGCUCAGUUGAUGACGCGAACUACAACGUGUUCUUGGACAGGUGA